AUGGGCUUCAAACACUUUUGGGAUGAGCAUGUGGUGCUCAAACCGCACCCUGGCUCCUUCGGGGCGGAUGACCCCAAUGCUAUCAAAUACACCAACGAGGAUAUGGAUCCAAUCAAGCGGAAAGACCGGACCUAUGCCUGGUACCAGAUGGGAUUGUUUUGGAUAGCCGAAGGCUUCAACGCGGCACAAUUGGAAGUAUCAAGCUCAGCCUUCUCGCUCGGACUGAACCCAGGGCUCUGUGUGGUGGCCUGCUUGGUCGGAAAUAUCAUCGUCUCCAUUCCAUGUGCUGCAUCCGGAUAUCUAGGUAGCAAGCUCGGUACGAACUUUCCUGGUACAGUCAGAGCGUCAUUCGGUAUGAUUGGUUCCAAAUGGGCUAUGAUCGUGCGAGGAGUGCCGUGUAUCAUAUACUACGGUAUCCAAGUCAGUCUCGCCGGUCAAGCCGUUCAGGCUUGCACCACUGCUAUUUGGCCGUCUUUCGCUCACUGGCAAGUCAACGCGCUUCCAGCCUCGGCCAAUGUGACGGCGCAACAACUUCUGUGCUUCUCGAUCUUCUGGUUGAUAUCGCUGCCGUUCCUCUACCUCCCGAUCAAGACGCUGCGCUACCUGUUUGUUGUCAAGAGCAUCCUGGUACCUCUGUUCUGGACUGCCAUGUUCACAUGGUCAAUUACCGCAGCGGGUGGUUGGCCUGAAGUUUGGCGAGCACCGAGCAAGCCUCUUGACGGAUGGAGUGUGGGUUAUCUGUUCGGCAUAUGCGUCAACGCAGCGAUUUCCGGCAACGCGACCUUCGCAGUCAACAUCAUGGAUAUCUCACGGCACUCAAAGAACGACACCGCGGCAUGGGCUACCCAGCUAUUCGCUUUACCUGUGCUGGUGACCCUCACCGAAUUUCUUGGUUGCACCAUGGCGGUCGCCUCAUCCGUCGUCUAUGGCGAAGUGCAAUGGAAUCCUUUGACGGUGAUCAAUAACUUCGAAAACCGGCCUGGAAAGUUCUUUGCAGGUGCCUGCUUUAUCUUCUUCAAUAUUAUGACCAACGUCACUGGUAACUCGGUGCCUCUGGCCAACGACCUUACUGGAUUAUUCCCCAAGUACAUCAACAUUCGCCGCGGACAAUUCAUCUGUGCGGUGAUAUCGUUCGCCAUCUGCCCAUGGGAGAUCCAAGCAAAGGCAACCACCUUUUUGGCCUUCUUGGGUGCAUAUACGCUGUUCCUAGGAGCAACGACGGGCGUGAUCAUGGUGGAUUACUUCUGGGUCCGCCGUGGAUACGGCAUCAAUAUUUCGCAUCUAUUCAAACCACGCGGCAUCUAUUGGUAUACAUAUGGCUGCAAUUGGCGUGCAUUCGUCGCGUGGUUCGUGGCCAUCGCACCACUCUUCCCCGGGAUGCUGUACUCGAUGGGCGUGCCGAUCCACAAUCGCGGUAUCCUCAACAUGUACUCGUGGAACUAUGUCCUUGUGGUCGUGUUCUCCGGGUUGAUCUAUUUCGCCUGCACGGCCCUCUUCCCAGUCCCAGUCACACCUGCCGACGGAGAAGAGGACUAUGGCAAGCUGUAUCUCGUCGACGGAUUGGAUCCGGCAAGCGGGAGCAGAACACCAACUGAAUAUACCGAAAGCCGAGAUAUUGAGAAGAAUGAGAAGAUGGUGGCCGAGGCACAUGUGACACCGGCCGCUAUCCAGACGGUGGUGUAA